AUGGAGCUUGCACUCCCACCACCUACACCUUUCCUGGCAUUACCGGGCGAGCCUCCGGUACCGUGGAUCCGUUGGCUGGAGUCGUUUGAAACUUAUCUCGCAGCUCUCGGCCUGGAGGAGGCUAGUAACCCGCGACGGAGAGCACUUCUCGUGCAUUGCCUCGGUACCGAGGGACAGCGUAUUUUUAGAACCCUGGGACAAGGGAAAAAGUAUAAGGAGGCUACUAAACUACUCAAAGCACACUUUGCGGUCAUUCUCCGCCGAAUUGUCUUCCGGCAGCGCAAGCAAAAAGUGAGUGAGUCAGUUCAGCAUUAUGUAGCCGACCUCCGCAGUUUAGCUGUUUUCUGCAAGUUCGGUGAUAUGGAGGAAGAAAUGAUAAGGGACCAGCUUGCAGAGCAUGCAACCCACCCCAAAAUUCGUGAGAAGCUUAUCAUGUCACCGGAUGAUCUGACUCUUAAAAAAGCUACCGAGCUGACAUCACAGCUAGCUUCCCGCGCACCUCCUCAGCCCGCCUUAACUCAGCAUGUAGAUCCUGAGCGCUCACCUAGCCCCGCAUCAUCAGACACGGACACAGGGAUAAAUUACACAGCCCGCACACGUAGCCAGCCACGUCGCAGCUGUGGCAACUGUGGCUCCUCUUCUCACAUGAGCAGAGCCCCAACAUGCCCUGCCAGAGGACAAGCAUGCCAGCGCUGUGGGAAAGACAACCACUUUGCCAAAGUCUGUCGUUCUGCACCGGCUGGGGUCGGCCCACGGUCAGCCCCAACACCAAUACACUCAGUCAGCUCUGCCCGUGUGUCCUUCAAGAUGUGCACGGUGGAAAUUGAUGGGGUCUGUGUACCGUUGCUGCUGGAUACCGGAGCGGCUUUAUCUCUUCUCAACUGGGCCACAGUCAAGCGCUUCCUGCCCCACGUCAUGCUGCAGACACCUUCGGCUGUUCUCCAUGGAUAUGGCAAUGCACAGAUCGACUUAGUGGGCUCCCUCAGCUGUUCAGUGCGACACGGCAACAAAUCCAUGGCUUCCUUCACCUUUCAGGUGGCGCGGCAUGGAGCUAACCUCAUGGGCUUGGACCUCAUCACCAGCUUUGGCUUCACGUUCAUGGACAGCUGUGGGGCUAAGAUUCUCCAGGUCAGCACACCAUGGGAACAGCGAUGGCCAGCACUCUUUUCAGGCCUUGGCUGUAUCUCGGCUUUCAUCCAUCAGCCUCUACUCCACGUGGACAUACACCCGGUCAUACAGCCUCUCCGCCGCAUUCCCCUGGCACUACGAGAUGACGUCACAGCAGAGCUGACAAAGCUGUUGGACAUAGACUUCAAGCUGUGCAAAGCAAAGGAAGCAGCGCCACGGUCGACUUUUGUCGACAAGAUGUGGUACUGA